AUGCAGAGCGUUAGAGAUUAUUCCAUGGAUAUGCGUACCGCUCAUGCGAGACCACAGCCCAGGGAAGAGAGGCUUAGGAUACCGGGGCAACCACAACAGACUCAGAUGAGGAUGAGGUCUCAACCAAACCUUAGGUCCAUGGCUCGUCGGCCAUUGCCUGGUGUUGGUUCUCAAGCAGAGCAUCACGAAGCAUACAGGACCCCGAGGGUGGUGCAACCUCCGACGAACACUCACCAGCGUCGCAAGCAUGAAGCCAUGUACCUGGAGGAGCCUCCAUUCGAGCGACCAUUCUCUCCCGAAUCAGACUCGGAAGAACACAUGAUCUUGGACUACUAUCUUCAAGCAUCAUAUCACUCACCUUUGUCCAGAGUUGUCUCGGCUGAGGAGCCUUGCAACCUGGACGGAGCCAUUGCUGGAUUUGACUUUGGCCUUGAACAACCAUCUGAGCCAUCUUACACACUCUCUCAACCUACUGCUCAAAGACCGAGGACUGCACAUGGAACCAAGAAUGCAUUGUCUCCAUCAAGGAUACCUUCUCCACGAAGACAAUCACCCUCGUCGCCUCAAAGAAGGUCUCCUCCAUCACCUCAAAGACAAGUUCCUUCUUCACCUCAGAGACACGUCCCUUCAUCACCCCAAAGGCACGUUCCUUCAUCACCUCAAAGACAAUGUCCUACAUCACCUCAGAGACACUCCCUCUCAUCGCCUCAAAGACAACCUCAUCUUCAAUACACCCUCUUUCCCAAGGAGCAACAACAACCCUCAACCCCCCGCAUCAGUGUAAUCAGCGACAACGGCAGCAUCACCUCCCACCACAGCUACAACAGCCAUGAAAGCCAACCUCGUCCGCGCACCUCUUCAUUAGCAUCAUCAGAGCGUUCGCGCUCAGAUUCAUGCAUGUCUGUCCGCCUCCAGCCCUCUGCAACCUUCACUUCCUCUUCCCCUACCUCUCCCAAGAGACCCCAAACCUCCCCUCGCAUGCGUACAACAAGCGCAUCGUCUCAACAGCAGACCAGUCUCUCCGAAAAGCCUCCUUCGCGUUGGUCAGGCGAAACAGUCGACAUGAGCAAUGCCAUGGAAUCGCCCAUCUCUGCCAGAAACGCUGUAGACAGAACCAGAGAUUCUUCCUCAUCUACCCUUGUGGCAACCAGCCCUGCAUGGCCUACUGGUAGUUUCUUCGAGGAUGACGAGGAGGAGAAGUUGCCAUUGAGACGCAAGGUGGCUCAGAAGUUGAGAAGCUCGCGUUCGAGCAAUGCAUUGAGGUCGGCCAGUAACCCUGUUGCCAAUGUGGAACAGACUCACAAGAAGUCUCCUUCGUGGGCUCGUCGUCUGGUCACCUGGCACCGGUGA